AUGAGCGAGGAAGAUCCUCCGGCGCCGCCGAAAUAUGAAGAUUUAUACCCAGAUCUAGUGAAUCCUGGCCCUCGAUUAGCUGACGCGCCACCACCUUAUUUCCCUGGGCAAAACUCGAGAGCGACCCUUAUUUCUGGAGCUCCUGCGGAGGACUAUCCAGUUCAUCCGGAUUUGAGAAGAUCCGUCGAUAGUUUCACCGCUUUUCUCGAGGACCUCAACCAUGGCCGAAUUAACAUCGACAUUCCGGAGGCAUUUUCACGGGAAGAAAUGCAAGAAGCAGCUCAGCAAGCGCAAAUUGAGCGCUUCCGCCAAGACAGUAUUCGAUCAAUGAAACUUGGCAUGUUCUACCUUGCCCUCAUCCUCACCACUUCGGUCGUUCCUUACAUGUUUCCAGUCGCUUUCGUGAUCAUCAUGGUCACGUGUUUGACUGAAACAGUGAGAAACGCAGGCAGACAAGCGAUGGUGUACUCUCAUUGGGUCGAAAAUCAAAAUAACGGAGAAGUUAUCUAA